AUGAAACUCCACGCUGCAGCUUUCCUUGUCAUCUUCUGGCUUGCCACCUUCACCGUGCACACGGUGAAAGGGAGCAUUGGAAGUCAGCGCAUGCGCAAAUUCAGUUGCGUACGUCUGUCUACACAGCAACUGAGCAUCCGAAACCUUGUCAGCUAUGAAAAGCAACAAGUUCCCAUCAACGCCAUCAUGUUUCUUGACACAAAGGGUAUCAAGAUCUGCGUCAGCCCUGAUAAAAAAUGGGUGCAGGAUGCUAUGAAGAAAAUAGACCAAAAACAUACCACCAAACGCAAAUAA